UUCAAAAUUUAGUCUAUUAACAGCUUACUACGAAUCAUGAAUUCUUUAAAAUAUACAUUUAUUUUCAAUACUCUACUUCUCGUUACGAUUGUCGGAGCCUUCAAAGAAGAGUCAAUAUUCGAAGAGGAGGAUAUCUAUCAACAAGCAUUGCCUCCAAUUCCUUACACCGGCAUAACAGUACCAGGCACAAAGUGGUGUGGUCCUGGAAAUACAGCUGCAAACUACAAUGAUUUAGGUACACAACGUGAGGCGGACAUGUGUUGUCGGGCGCACGACCACUGCGAGGAGAUAUUGGAACCACGUCAAACCUUACAUGGACUAAAUAAUACCGAUUUGUUUCCAAUUUUGAAGUGCACUUGUGAGCAAACUUUUUUAAACUGUUUGCAAACCAUUAACGAUAUGGUGGCAAAUACACUGGGACGCGUCUACUUUGGCACAAGAAAGAAGUGCUUCGCGAAUGGGUAUCCUAUCGUGAGGUGUAAGGAACAUCAAAGCGGUACGUUCUGGCAGCGUUGUAUACGUUAUGAGGUAGAUAAAACGCGACCGAAAAUAUGGCAGUUCUAUGAUAUGCCAUUUUAUAGUUUUAGGCGCUAGGCUGACUGUCGAGAAAAGUAAAAGAGAUCAAUGAUUAUAAACUAAACGAUAAUAAUAAAAACUAAUUUAAAACAA